AUUUUAGGAGCCAGCAAGGGCCUUGGGACUUCCUCAGUGGUUUUCAGCCAGGGAAUGGUAUUUUGGGUUGUCGUAGAGCCUGCUGGGGUCACUACUGCCUCCUAGUGGCCUAAGGCCAGGGAUGCUACAUUAUGGAGAACAGUCCCAAAGAAGAAUGGGUCCUGUCCAAACACCAGAAACCCUGUGGACAUCCGUUUUUAUACCUGCAAAGCAGGUCCAGAGAGGGAAAUGUCUUGCCCAGCAACGGACUGGAAGUUACUGUGGACUUAAAUUCAGGUUUUGUAUCUGUUGUGUUUUAUUUAAAUCUACCAUUCGGCCUUGUUCACCUUAUCACCAAUCAAGGUGAUUAUUUUAAUUUUGCCAUAAUUUUGCCUAGCGCUGCACAGGUUUGUGUGGUGCGCGGUCAUUCUCGAGUUUUCGCUUCCUCUCCGAAUCCUAGCCCGAUGGAGACAACUGUUAUUCAUAACAACAUGUUUUUCAGGGAGAGCCAGCACGGCAUAGUGAAAAGUCUACCUGAGGAGUUGUCAGGAGACCGGUAUUUUGACUCGCUACUGUCACCAGCUCGUCGAAUGACUGCAGAUCACAGGUUUGAGACAUUUGAGGUAAACAGCUUUGAGCAGUUUUGUAUCAACUAUGCAAAUGAGAAGCUCCAGCAGCAGUUCAACUCGCAUGUCUUCAAACUGGAGCAAGAAGAAUACAUGAAGGAGCAGAUCCCUUGGACCUUGAUUGAUUUUUACGAUAACCAACCUUGUAUCGACCUCAUAGAAGCUAAGCUGGGCAUUCUGGACCUGUUGGAUGAAGAGUGUAAGGUCCCCAAAGGAACUGACCAGAAUUGGGCUCAAAAGCUCUAUGACCGGCACUCCGGCAGCCAGCACUUCCAGAAACCCCGCAUGUCCAACACGGCCUUCAUUGUCGUGCACUUCGCGGACAAGGUGGAGUACCUUUCAGAUGGUUUUCUGGAGAAAAACAGAGACACAGUGUACGAAGAGCAGAUCAACAUCCUGAAGGCCAGCAAGUUCCCACUAGUGGCUGACUUGUUUCAUGAUGACAAGGACUCUGUUCCUGCCUCCACCACUUCUGGAAAGGGCUCGUCCUCAAAGAUCAACAUUCGCUCUGCCAGACCCCAGCUGAAAGUCGCCAACAAAGAGCACAAGAAAACCGUGGGCCACCAGUUCCGCACCUCCCUGCACCUGCUCAUGGAGACCUUGAAUGCCACCACGCCGCACUACGUCCGAUGUAUCAAGCCCAACGACGAGAAGCUCCCCUUCCACUUUGACCCAAAGAGAGCAGUGCAGCAGCUCAGAGCGUGCGGGGUGCUGGAGACGAUCCGGAUCAGCGCGGCGGGCUACCCGUCCAGGUGGGCCUACCAUGACUUCUUCAACCGGUAUCGGGUGCUGGUCAAGAAGAGAGAGCUCGCCAAUGCAGACAAAAAGGCCAUCUGCAAGUCUGUCUUGGAGAACCUCAUCAAGGACCCUGACAAGUUCCAGUUCGGCCGCAGCAAGAUCUUCUUCCGGGCAGGCCAGGUAGCCUACCUGGAGAAGCUUCGGGCUGACAAGUUCCGGGCAGCCACCAUCAUGAUCCAGAAAACUGUCCGGGGCUGGCUGCAGAAGCUGAAAUACCGCAGGUUGAAAAGAGCUACCUUAACUCUGCAGAGGUACUGCCGAGGACACCUGGCCCGCAGGCUGGCCGAGCAUCUGCGGAGGACCCAGGCAGCUGUGGUGUUUCAGAAGCAGUACCGCAUGCGGAGGGCCCGCCUGGCAUACCAGAGGAUCUGCAGGGCUGCCAUCGUCAUCCAGGCCUUCACACGGGGCAUGUUUGUGCGGAGGAUCUACCACAAGGUCCUCUGGGAGCACAAGGCCACCAUCAUCCAGAAGCACACGCGGGGCUGGAUGGCACGCAGGCACUUCCAGCGGCUGCGGGGUGCUGCCAUUGUCAUCCAGUGUGCUUUCCGGAGGCUCAAGGCCAAGCAGGAGCUGAAGAUGCUCAAGAUCGAGGCCCGCUCAGCAGAGCACCUGAAGCGUCUCAACGUGGGCAUGGAGAACAAGGUGGUCCAGCUGCAGCGGAAGAUCGACGACCAGAACAAAGAAUUCAAGACGCUGUCGGAGCAGUUGUCGGCGGUCACCUCCACACACACCAUGGAGGUGGAGAAGCUGAAAAAGGAGCUGGCCCACUACCAGCAGAGCCAAGGUAGCGACAGCAGCCUGAGGCUGCAGGAGGAGGUCGAGAGCCUGCGGACUGAGCUGCAGAGGGCCCACUCAGAGCGCAAGAUCCUGGAGGACGCCCACACCAGGGAGAAUGAUGAGCUGAGGAAGCGAGUUGCAGACCUGGAGCAAGAAAACGCUCUCCUGAAAGAUGAGAAAGAACAGCUUAACCACCAAAUUCUGUGCCAGUCGAAAGAUGAAUUUGCCCAGAGCUCUGUCAAGGAAAAUCUCCUGAUGAAGAAAGAGCUGGAGGAGGAGCGUUCCCGGUACCAGAACCUCGUGAAGGAGUAUUCACGGCUGGAGCAGAGAUACGACAACCUUCGGGACGAGAUGACCAUCGUAAAGCAAACCCCAGGCCACAGGCGGAACCCAUCAAACCAAAGUAGCUUAGAAUCUGACUCCAAUUACCCCUCCAUCUCCACAUCUGAAGUCGGAGACACGGAGGAUGCUCUCCAGCAGGUGGAGGAAAUUGGCCUCGAGAAGGCAGCCAUGGACAUGACAGUCUUCUUGAAGCUGCAGAAGAGAGUGCGGGAACUUGAGCAGGAGAGGAAGAAGCUGCAGGUCCAACUGGAGAAGAGAGAACAGCAGGACAGCAAGAAAGUCCAGGUGGAACAACUGAAGAGUGACACAGAUUUGGACCAGGACGCAGAUCUAGCCUACAAUAGUCUGAAGAGGCAAGAGCUGGAGUCGGAGAACAAGAAGCUGAAGAAUGACCUGAACGAGCUGAGGAAAGCCGUGGCGGACCAGGCCGCCCAGAACAACUCUACCCACAGCUCCCCAGACAGCUACAACCUCCUUCUGAACCAGCUCAGGCUGGCCAACGAGGAGCUCGAGGUUCGCAAGGAGGAGGUGCUCAUCCUUAGGACUCAGAUUGUCAGCGCCGACCAGCGCCGACUUGCUGCCAAGAGCACGGAGCCAAAUAUUAAUGCCAGAACAAGUUGGCCUAACAGUGAAAAGCACGUAGAUCAGGAAGAUGCCAUCGAGGCCUAUCAUGGAGUCUGCCAGACAAACAGCAAGACUGAGGAUUGGGGCUAUUUGAAUGAAGAUGGAGAACUCGGCUUGGCCUACCAAGGCCUAAAACAAGUUGCCAGGCUGCUGGAGGCACAGCUGCAGGCCCAGGGCCGCGAGCAUGAGGAGGAGGUGGAGCGUCUCAAGGCCCAGGUGGAGGCCCUGAAGGAGGAGCUGGACAAGCAGCAGCAGACCUUCUGCCAGACACUGCUGCUCUCCCCGGAGGCCCAGGUGGAAUUCGGCAUCCAGCAGGAGCUCUCCCGGCUGACCAAUGAGAACCUGGACCUUAAAGAACUGGUAGAAAAGCUGGAAAAGAAUGAGAAGAAGCUCAAAAAACAAUUGAAGAUUUACAUGAAGAAAGUCCAGGACCUAGAAGCUGCCCAGACGUUAGCUCAGAGUGAGAAGAGGCGCCACGAGCUCAACAGGCAGGUCACUGUCCAGCGGAAAGAGAAGGACUUCCAGGGCAUGCUGGAGUACCACAAGGAAGAUGAGGCCCUGCUCAUUCGGAACCUGGUGACAGAGCUGAAGCCGCAGACGCUGGCGGGCACGGUGCCCUGUCUGCCCGCCUACAUCCUCUACAUGUGCAUCAGGCAUGCGGAUUAUGUCAACGACGACCUCAAAGUGCACUCUCUGCUGACCUCCACCAUCAACGGCAUCAAGAAGGUCCUCAAGAAGCACAACGACGACUUUGAGAUGACGACAUUCUGGCUGUCCAACACCUGCCGCCUCCUUCACUGUUUGAAGCAGUACAGUGGGGACGAGGGCUUCAUGACUCGGAACACGGCCAAGCAGAAUGAGCACUGUCUUAAGAACUUCGACCUCACCGAAUACCGUCAGGUGCUGAGUGACCUUUCCAUUCAGAUCUACCAGCAGCUCAUUAAAAUCGCCGAGGGUGUGUUGCAGCCUAUGAUAGUUUCAGCCAUGUUGGAGAAUGAGAGCAUUCAAGGUCUCUGUGGUGUGAAACCAACAGGCUACCGGAAGCGCUCCUCCAGCAUGGCGGACGGGGAGAACUCGUACUGCCUGGAAGCCGUCAUCCGCCAGAUGAACUGCUUUCACACGGUCAUGUGUGACCAGGGCCUGGACCCCGAGAUCAUCCUGCAGGUGUUCAAGCAGCUCUUCUACAUGAUCACGGCGGUGACUCUCAACAACCUGCUCCUGCGGAAGGACGUCUGCUCUUGGAGCACAGGCAUGCAGCUCAGGUACAAUAUAAGUCAACUCGAGGAGUGGCUUCGGGGAAGAAACCUUCACCAGAGCGGAGCAGUCCAGACCAUGGAACCUCUGAUCCAAGCAGCCCAACUCUUGCAGUUAAAGAAGAAAACCCCCGAGGAUGCCGAGGCCAUCUGCUCCCUGUGUACCUCCCUCAGCACCCAGCAGAUUGUCAAAAUUUUAAACCUUUAUACUCCCCUGAAUGAAUUUGAAGAACGGGUAACAGUGAGUUUUAUACGAACAAUCCAGGCACAGCUACAAGAGCGGAAUGACCCUCAGCAACUGCUGUUAGACUACAAGCACAUGUUUCCUGUUUUGUUCCCAUUUAAUCCAUCUUCUCUGACUAUGGACUCAAUCCACAUCCCCGCCUGUCUCAAUUUGGAGUUUCUCAAUGAAGUCUGAAAAUGCAUAUUUCCAACUUUGGCUCAAUUGCCAGUGAGAGCAAGAAGUACAUACAGUAAAUGAUUUUAAGGAUCUAGUCAAUCUGUAAAAGUAUAUCAAAUCAGAGGUUGAGAGCCUGUGCAGAGUUCAGCACUAUACAGAAUAAGACAUAUCUGUCAUUAUUUUUUGUACCUACUGCUCAGAAUAAAAACACUUGAAAUAUGGAAGAUUU